CGGGCCCCGGUCCUUGACCCCUAACCGAUUAUCGAUUUUAUCUAAGCGAUGGCAUAUGAUCAUUGGUUCAAAAGAUCCAGGAUCGGGUCCAGAGGGGGAAUAGUGUAUGCAGUCCCCGGGGGAUAUCGCUGCAGGAUUGAAAGAAAAAGGACUCAGUCCCUUGCACUGUGUCGCGGGCGCUAUGUUGUGGAACAUAUUAUGAACAAUGGCUUACAGAGCAAAGAUGAACAAUGUGCUUGAGCCAGGGCUACUCACCCCGAUCAACUCGAGACCUGCAUCAACCAAGGCAUGCCUAAUUACUGAUUACGCCCUUGCUUCGGCCGAGAAGCCCGCGAUGGAAAGCUAUGUCGUUGGAGUGGAUGUGGGGGGAACCAAUACCGACGCUGUUCUUAUGAACGGCAAGACAGUUGUGGCUUGGCACAAGUCUCCAAGCACAGCGGACGUCAGCAGCGGCGUAUCAGCUGCGAUUAAGGAGGUGCUGGCAGAGGCUGGAAUUUUGGGUAGUGCAGUGCCACUGGUCAAAAUCGGAACGACGCAAUUCCUGAAUGCGACGCUCGAACGAGACGGCCGAAAAAUGGACAAAGUCGCGGUCAUCCGCUUGUGUGGACCUUACACCCAGAGCGUUGCACCUUUCUUGGGAUUUCCACACUCACUGCGACGUCUAAUCGAAGGCCAUCACGCCUUCGUAGAUGGUGGCAAGCAUGUGGAUGGAAGAGAAAUCAAUCCCUGGUCAAAGCAACAGCUCAGUGAACAAGCCCAAGUCGUCAAGGAGAAGGGAAUUCGCUCAAUCUUGCUAGCUGGUAUUCAUUCUCCAUCGUUUCCUGACCAAGAAGACGAGGCAGCCUGCUUCCUGUCCAAAGAGCUAGGCUCAGGCUAUGAUGUCUCCUGUUCUCAUCACUUGGGCAACGCUAGCUUCUUAGAACGCGAAAAUACGGCGAUACUUAAUGCAAGCAUACGUCGGUUUUCAAGACAAGUGACAAGAAGCCUCGAGGCUGCUGUCGACGAGGUCUUGCCGGGCGCAAAAGUAUUUUUAACCCUCAAUGACGGCACAAUCAGUCCGUCGUGGUAUGCUGCACGGUAUCCUCUAAAAUGUUUCUUUUCGGGACCAACAAACAGUGCGCGUGGGGCGGCAUUCAUGGCCAUGGAAUCUUUAUCUAGGCAGAAAGAGGCAGGGGACGAUGCUGAUCUUCUCGUUGUUGAUGUAGGCGGAACCACAACAGACGUGUGCGGUUUGCUUCCUAACGGUUACCCAAAGCACUCCGCGGCCUUUGUCAAGAUAGCUGGGGUAAAAACUAAUCUCGCGGUGCCUCAAACUCACAAUAUCGGGCUAGGAGGGGGCAGUAUUGUCCGACAGCAUGACACUGGGGUAACGAUAGGCCCUGACUCAGUGGGUGCUGAUGAACUGACACUAUCCCUCGCUACAGGUGGAUCUGCGUUCACUGCUUCAGAUACCAUUAAACUGUCGCCCGAUCGGUUGGGUGAAGUUGGUAUAACAAACGAAGUGCUCUACCAGGCAAGGGAUAAGAUAAAGUCCAUGGUCGAAACAGCAGUUGAAUUCGCGAAGACUAAGCCAUUGGAUGCAAAUGUCAUAUUAGUUGGUGGUGGUAGCUUUAUUGUACCUGAUGUCGAGCGGUUGAGAGGCAUCGCUGCGGUUGUCCAACCCCAGUGCUACCAAGUAGCUAAUGCCAUCGGUGCCGCCAUCGCCAAAGUCAGUGGCCGCAUAGAUCGAAUCGUCACUCCCCAACAGCCGCGGUCGAUGGAAAGUUUAAUUGAAGACGGGAAGAAAGAGGCUUUGCAGCUCUGCUACGAAUCAGGCGGCAGGUUAGAGACAGCAGAGAUCGUCAACUUGGACAUCAUCCCAGAAACGUACUCGUUUGACGGUUCAUUUCGAAUGAUCAUCAGAGCUGUGUCAGACUUUGACGAUAGGUCUACAACAGUCACAUUCGGGGAUGAAAUGCCGCAGCACGCUCAGGGUGCCGAAGUGACUGAUACUGCUGCAGAUUUUGUUAAUGACAUGAUUGUAGAAUACAACAACGAGCAGGUUGCGGUUCCUGUAGAUAUAUCUACUUACGUACCGCAAAUUCAGAACGAUAUCUGGACUCUAUCAGAGACAGAUGUCGACAUUCUUGUGGAUGGUACUGGUAUCCUAGGCGUGGGCUGUGCUGGUGAGGCGACCAACUAUCAGAUAGCGCUGAAAGAGGCUAUACGCUUGGGUCAACAAGUGCAAGUAGUCCCUCCAAGGGCUGUUAAGCCAGAGGACGUCAUUUGUCCGACCUGCUGGAUAGGAUCUCCAACAGCGUUCUUCGAGAGAAUCCCUGGUAACCACGAAAUGCGAGAGGCUAUUUACGCCAACUUAGGUCAGGUCGGAAAAUCAGACUUCACGUACACCAUUCCAACGGAGAUUGGGGGACCAAAUGCUCUGGAAGCACUUUUACUUGCUGCCAAACUUGGAAAGAAAGCACUAGACGCCGACGUCAUAGGCCGAGCGUUUCCAAAGGUUUAUAUGACCAUUCCAGCUCUACAUGGGAAGAGCAUAGCCCCGGCAGCUAUCUGCGAUGGAAAUGGCGUUACCAUACUACUCAAAAGCGCCCGGGACGAUUAUCAAGCAGAAGAAAUACUCAGGACUAUUGCGGGCCAGCUUGGAGGAAUAGCAUCACUCGCGUUCCGUCCGUUUUCCGGGGACGAAAUAUAUGCUUUUGCCCAAAACAGCUAUUCUCUUGCUUGGAUGAUAGGGCGCAGCAUGCAGCUUGCUAGGGAGCAGAAGGUCGAUGUCGCAUCGACAAUUGUAGCAACAGUUUCGGGUCGCAUAUUAUUUCGUGGUAAGGUGAACCUGGUGUCUCGGCAGGUCCAGAAUAGUUUCACUCGUGGCACUUGUACCAUUUUACCCCAAACCGGAGAAGAUAACUUGUCUCAUGCGUCUUGGCUUGAGCUCGUAUUCGAAAACGAGAUACUUGCAGCCAAUCUCCAUUCGAAAGACUCUCAAUCAUGUCUGGCCACCACACCAGAUCUGUUUGCCAUAAUCGAUGCCACUAGCGGCCAAGUCGUAGGUAUCACAGAGCUGAGAUAUGGUCUUCAGGUUGCCAUUGUUGCUUUUCCAGCACCAGAGAUCUGGUAUUCAGAGGAAGGUCUAAAACGGGGUGGGCCUGUCGCGUUUGGGCUCCCCCAGUGUGAAAGCUCCGCGUUUGAUAAGGCAAGAGUUCCAGAUUCGUUAUUUGACAAGCGCGAAUGAAUCAGUGGAUUAUAAUCAGCAAUAGCUCCUAAACCAUAGGUAUUUUCCACCCUCUUUGAAUCAUAAUGUCCAUCCAGAAGGUGUCUAUUCC